UUUAUCAAAGGCCAACAAUUGGGUGCUAAGGCUAUAAAAAAUUAUCUCUUGAUAAUACUUAUAUUAAUUUAUUUGAGAAUAAAUCAUUACAUAAUUACUUAACUUUAUUCGAUUCGUGAACGAUACACACUCAAGAAUAACUCUCGCUCGUUCGCGUUUUCUCGCAAAAGCGGUCAUUCAUUCUGCUUACGGUACUUAUAGCAGACUGUUGACAUUGCACCUCCAACAUCAUUGGUAGUAAAUUAGAAAAUUGCGAUACAAAAUAAAUUAAUGGUUUUAAAUGUAUAUUAAAAUUUAGGCACCUUUUAAAAUGUCGUUGUAUCUCAAGUUAUGUGUGUUUAUACUAUUAUUUGCUGGUGUGACAUUUGGUUUGGAAUAUAAUAAACAUCAACGCUAUAAUACGAAUACAGAUUUUUUACUACAUGAAGGCGGUGUAGUUCCUAGUGGGCCUAAACGAGAUAACACAGUUUCACAAUCGGCCGCUGAAUCUCCGUCUCUUAACUAUCAGAUCAACAAUCAAAUUAAUGGCAAAAGGGACUAUGUUAACCAGUUCCCGCAACUAAAACCGCCAUCCCAAACAUCACGACCAACGACACAAACACUAAAUCCAACAUCUAAAGCACAGCCAACUGCAAGUACUUGGAGCUCAAUAGCUACUCCCGCCGUUAAUCCACAAUCGAACAGUGGGAAACGAGAUUAUGUAGCCCCUCAAUACCCUUCACUUAAACCUACACAACAACCACCAGGGAAAGUCAAAGACUUGAUUAAUUUUUACGACAAUAAGGCAAAUGAGCAAAAACCUCAAGGCGUACCGAGCUAUAGUUCUAUUCUACAAGGGUCUACUACAAGAAAAUUGCCUAGUACUUCGACAGUGAGAAUGCAAACUUUUACACAAACUACUCCAAAACCACCUACGGCUAAACCAUUAAGCUUCAGUUCUGUAGUGGCGGGUUCGAAUAAACCAGCUCAACCUACAUUGGCAACACCGAAACCGACGACUAGGGUGCCAGUAUUGCCCAGUGCUAUUCUUAAUAAUAACAGAAACACAAAUCGAUGGAGUUCAAGCGCUCCCACAGAUGAAGAAUUGCAAAUACUAAGCGAAGACCUCCUCAAAAAAGAUACCAAUAACGCGGCCAAAUAUAUUACUGUAAAUUAUCAAGAAAAAACAACUUCCCAAUCUAAAGACGAUAAAGCUCCGUUGCCAUUACUAACCAUAUCAUCAGAAGUAUGGAAUAUUUCUACUAUAGAAAAAUUUGUACCCUUAUUAGAUAACUACGAAAGGGAUACAUUAGUAAAUGAAUAUGUGACGCCACAGGAAAGGAAUGAAGAGAAUGCUUUUAUGGAUGCCAUUAUGUCAACUUCAGUUAUACGACAUUUAAUGAACUUUUUUAAGGACAAAGGAUUCGUAACCCCAGAUCCCAAACAACAAAGAGACUUUUUAAAACAAUUAUGGUUCAGUUUGUAUUCAAGAGGAAAAGGUAAAAUCGGGAGUUCAGGAUUUGAACACGUAUUUGUAUCUGAACUUCGUAAUGGGGAUGUUUCAGGACUGCAUAACUGGAUAUAUUUCUCAAAGGAAGAAACUGCUAAUAGGAUAAAUUACUUAGGAUAUUUGAAAUAUGUACAACUUGGUGAGAAAGGAGUUGUGAUGAAGCUGCAUUUCAAUCAACAAGGCUCGAACAAACCUGUGGACUCUAUGUUUAUCGGCACAUCGCCUGAAUUAGAAAUAGCACUUUACACUCUAUGUUUUGUCACACGAGCUGAUAAUGAUUGCAAACUUAAAUUAGGGGGUAAAGAUGUUGAAAUAGUCACGCACACUUUCCGUUACAGAAGUAAGAAUCUUAUCGGCAGCGCUUAUCCUCAAAUUUAAUAAAUACCUACCUACUUAUUACUUAAACUCCUCGAUUAGGUACUCUUAUUUGAAGUGAUAUUUUUAUACUUUCUGUGUGUAGUCUAAUUUCAUAGUUAUUUGUUAUGUAUAUGAAUCUAGUUUUUAAUAGUGAAUACUCAUUGUUUUAUUUUUUAUCCCUAAAAGCAUAACAAUUAUUUAUGUAAGUAAUAAUUUCUUGUCAUAUUGAAUUUAGAACUCGCAGUUGCCUUCAUUAAACGCAAAAGGUAAAGUUAA